AUGAAGACUAUCAUAGUAGUAUUCUUUGGUUUCUUUCUUAUUGACGUGUUGGAAGUGCAGGCCUACUACCAUGAUGACAUCGGUAUUCCUACGGCAACGAAGAUCAAGGCUCUGGAAGAAGCAAUUCAAGCUAAUGGAACUAUAAAUAUCGAGAAUAGAAUCAUCGGUGGAGAGAUAGCAUUCAACUCUUACCCUUUUUUCGCUGGCUUAGUCAUCAGUAUAUAUGGUACAUCAAAUAAAUCGAUUUGCGGUUCUUCACUGUUAUCUUCUAAUCGACUAGUGACUGCUGCGCACUGUGAUCAUGAUGGCAGCAAAUCGGCGUAUGAGUUUGAAGUGGUUUUGGGCUCUAACCAGAUGUUCAUUGGUGGUGAACAUUUUGUCACUAAUGAAAUCGUUGUACAUCCUUAUUAUGAUCAUCAGCACUUUACAAAUGACAUCGCUAUAUUAUAUUUGCACCAGAACGUUGUAUUUACAAGCACUGUCAAACCGAUCAGAUUACCAAAUGAUGGUGAGCUGACAAACACAUUUGUGGGAUGCUCAGCCAUAGCUGUUGGCUUUGGAAAAACUAGUACUUACCAAGAGCACGCCAGAAAUGUGUUGAGUCACGUCAAGUUGCAGGUGAUCGAUAACGCUGAAUGCGUGCGCUUCUACAAUUUUAAUGAGGUAACGGCAAAUACAAUCUGCACAAGUGGGAUUGGGAUGGCAGGACCUGUCGGUACUUGUAAUGGAGACUCUGGUGGACCGCUCUUCGUCUACAACAACAGGGAGCCAGUCUUGAUUGGUAUCACCUCCUUCGGUUCUAAACAUUUUGGUUGUGAAGCAGGCAUACCUGCAGGAUAUACUCGAGUCACCAGUUUCGUGAAUUUCAUCAAACAACAUUUGUACUAG